AUGCCUCUCCUCCUCCAAACAUUACCAAUAAAGGAAAAUCCUAUGCAUCUUCAACUACCUCAACUAUCUCCUGCACUUCUGAGGCAGCUAAUCCCCAACAACGUGACUGUAAAAAUUGAAAGAUUUCGGGCCGAAGAAUCAGGGUGUUGCAUAGCCCAUGGUGGUGGUAGGCGUUGCCAGAAAGAUGGAUGCCAAAAGGUUGUUGAAAGGAGGAGAAUCUUUUGCAAUGCCCAUGGCGGAGGCAGGAGAUGCGAACAUAUUGGUUGCACAAGGAGGGCUGAAGAGCUCGCAUACUACUGUAUAGCUCAUGGCGGUGGCCGCCCUUGCAGUCAUGAAGGUUGCGAACCUGGCCUCUGCAUCAGGCAUGGUGGUGGCAAAAGGUGUCGAACGGAAAACUGCACCGAAAGCGCAGAAGGUCGUUCUGGCCACUGCAUCUCCCAUGGUGGUGGAAGGCGGUGCCAGUAUCCAUACUAUCCAUACUGCACAAAGGGUGCUCAUGGAAGCACAGAGUUCUGCAAGGCGCAUGGUGGAGGAAAGCGCUGCACAUCAUUGGGAUGCACCGAAAAGGCAAAGGCCAUAGCGAUUAGCGGAGGCAAGCGCUGCGCUUUUCAGGGUGGUGGCGUUUGCACAAAGAGUGUGCAUGGUGGGACCUCGCUUGAUGGCAGAGGAGUUCAUGGUGAAGGACUGUUGGCACUUAGGAAAAGCCCAAGGAAAAGCGAGCAACCAGAUGACCGUAGUAAAUAA